UAAGAGAUAUCAAUAUGAACUAUCAACCAUUGAUCAUACUUAGGGAGAGAGAAACAAAAAAGGGGUCUGCGUCUUUCCUCCACUUUACUUUGUUUCGUAAUUCCAGUUCAAUCAGCAAAUCGGAAACCCUAUGUCAUCGGAAGGGCAUCCACUUGACGGUGCCUCCGAUCCACCGUCGGAGGAGGUGCCACGCUUAGAUAUGCUUUCCUUUGAAAAUGAACAAGAACGCUCACCUGAACCACAGCAGCUUCCGGAGUGGCUGCGGCUGCUGGAGCUGCUGCGGGAGCAGGAGCAGGAGCAGGAGCAGGAGCGGGAGCGGCUGAUGCAGUUGCUGCAGCGAUAUUUUCAAGCCUUGGGAACUGCAGUACCAUACAUUGGUCUUCUUCUUUUUCCUCUUUGCUGUUCUUCCUUCAUGUUAUUUCUGUUGGAGACAUGGUCAAUGGUGACGGCAGUCAAUGAGAUAACUCGCGGGUUUCUGUUUCUAGGCACUAAUGGUGUCGUAAUUCAUCAGUUGGCAUCGGUGAACUCUUUUACAUUUGAGAAGAGGAACUUACUGAGCUUUGGGGAAGCUUUUAGUAUGUCCCUUCCACCGAUGGUACAUAUCAGCAUGAUUCUUUUGAGUUUAGCUCUGAAUUUUGUGCUCCUAUUCCGAGUUUACCCUGGAAUACAAUGUGUUCUUCUACUCCUCUGCAUAUUAAUGCCAUUGUAUUAUUUUGCUGAACUAGCACAUAAAGCAGCUGGCAUUGCUGUAAACUUAGGAAGGUCGUACAAGAUGCCCCUCAUAUGGUUUUCUACCUUAGGGGGCCUUGGCAUCUUCCUAAUUGGUGGUUCAAUGGUACUGCUGAUAGUUUUUCUAUCUUGGCUAUAUGCAAGAAGAAGAGGACUGGAAUUCCAAGGAAUAAGGGUCAAUGGGGAUGCCAUAAUAGGGGCAAUGAAUGCCUGAACAACUCGUUGAUCUCUCUUGUUUUAGCAAUGUUUGGAAUCGGACUGUCAGAUCGUGUAAUAGCUUAUAGAAUAUCUUCCUAUCCACAACCUGUAGUUUGAAUAUUUUUGCAAUGGACUUAUAACUGGUUUACGAUGAA